AUGCCCUCCCCCAACAUUUAUGCCGUCUUAGGCUCCACGGGAAAUUGUGGCACGGCACUCAUCCAAAACCUCCUCCAUAAUCCCGACGCCCAUGUUCACGCAUACUGUCGCAACCGGCCGAAGCUUCUCCGUCUCUUGCCCAACCUCGACGAAGAAAAAAGAGUCAAAAUCUUCCAAGGCAGCAUCCAAGACAAUGCCCUUCUGACCUCAUGCCUGAGUGACUGUCGGGUGGUGUUCUUGGUUGUCUCCACCAACGACAACAUCCCCGACUGUCAUCUCGCCCAAGACACGGUCAAGGCCGUGAUCCAAUCGCUCCACAACAUCAGGCAGCAGACGAGCUUCGGGGAUAACAAACCACAGAAACUACCUAAGCUUGUCCUCCUGUCAUCCGCGACCAUCGACGACCACUUCUCCCGCCACGUCCCGUACCUCCUCCGACUUGUCCUCCUCCGUUCGGCCUCGCACGUCUACAGCGACUUAAUCGAGACCGAAAAGAUCCUUCGCGCCGAAGGGGACUGGUUGACGUCUAUCUUCGUCAAGCCGGGCGCGCUCUCCGUCGACAUCCAGCGAGGACAUGCUUUGAGCCUGACCGACGAAGACAGCCCCCUGUCCUACUUGGACCUGGCUGCUGCAAUGAUUGAAGCUGCCGAAGACGUGAAUGGAAGCUACGAUAUGCGAGAUGUGAGUGUGGUUAAUGCGAGCCAGAAGGCUAAGUUCCCGAGAGGAACUCCGAUGUGUAUAUUCAUGGGGCUGCUGCGACACUUUUUUCCAUUUCUGCACCCUUACCUGCCGUUAAACACGGGGCCAUAG